AUGCCCAACCUACCGUCCUCGAAUGCGCCUGAGCCAGGGUCAACUCGCUCUUCUGUUUAUGCAAGGGGAGUAUCUCAUGCCAAGAGCGAGAUCAAAUGGUUAGACCUCGGGUUAGACACGCCGCUACCUCUUCCAACGGCUCUCAUAUCCCAGAAUGCGAGCCAGUCGCGCCUCCCCUGCCCACCAAACGUCCAAAAAUACGCUUCCCCCCUCCAAUGGUCUACACAGCGAAAGUGGAUAGUGACAUGGAUUUCAUGUGUGGUGACAACCGUAGCGUGUUACUCUGCUGGUGAGAUGAGCCCAGCAUCAGAAGAGCUAACAUCAGAGUGGGACAUUACGUUGACAGCAUACAAUUCUGGAGUUACGCUGUUUUGCAUUGGGUUCGGCCUAGCACCAAUGGUUCUUGCAACCUUCUCUGAGAUCAACGGCAGGAAACCGGUGUUCAUCGGGAGUGGAGUUCUAUUCUGUGCCUGCACUGUCGCCUGUGGCGGUACGCAUGUAUUCGCUGGUCUGCUGGUCGCUCGGCUUUUACAGGGCAUCGGCGCAUCUACCUUCUCGACCAUGGUCGGGGGCGUUAUUAGCGACAUCUAUAGCCCCGAACAGCGAAAUGUCCCAAUGGCGCUGUUUUCGAGCGCUGCUUUGCUGGGAACAGGACUUGCACCGCUUAUUAGCAGCGUUGUUGUAUAUCAUAGUACCUGGCGCUGGGUGUACUACUCUCAAGGGAUUGUUUCAGGCUUCUGCGUAGUGGUGAUGAUUCUGUUUUUUCAAGAAACGCGCAACACCGUGCUUCUCCAGCGGAAGGCAGAUGCAUUAAACAAGUAUUACGAGAAGCUCGAACAGCUAGGCUACUAUGGAGUCAUCUUGGCAGACAAGGACGAGGUGAGGAGAAUCCGAUGGACACAGAGAGAUGGGGAGAAGCACGACUCGGUCAGAGAAAUGAUCAAGGCUUCAUGCUAUCGUCCAUUCCAUAUGCUUGUCACAGAACCGGUGGUAUUUUUCUUUUCGCUCUGGUUAUCAUUCAGCUGGGCGGUGCUCUAUCUCCAGUUCAGUGCCGUGCCGCUGGUGUUUAGGAUGAACCACAACUUCAAUACGGAGCAAAUUGGCGCUGUCUUCACUUCUAUGUGCUGUGGUAUCAUUCUUAUAACAGUUGUGAGCAUAUACCAGGAGAGGAUGGCUAAUCACUUUGGCCUCCUCCCCAAGACUCCCGAAGCACGACUCUACUUCGCAUGCCUACAAGCACCACUAGUACCUAUUGGUUUGUUUUGGUUUGGGUGGACUUCCUUCCCUUCUGUACAUUGGAUCCUUCCUACUAUAGCCAUCGGAUGUUUAGCUAUGGGGAUUUUUUCUGUGUACCUGGCAGUUUUUAAUUACCUAGCGGACGCAUAUGGUCCGCAAGCAAGCUCCGCCAUUGCGGCCCAGUCCUUCUGUCGCAAUAUCUUAGGCGGGAUAUUUCCAUUGAUUACGGAUGCCAUGUUCACAAACCUUGGAUACCCAGCUGCCUCGAGCCUCCUCGGGGGAAUAGCUGCCGUUCUAACCCUUGUGCCUUGGGUGCUAGUGCUUUAUGGUCCCGCCAUUCGUGCCAGGAGUAAGAUGACUGUGGUGCGUUUGAUGCGUCUAUUAAUCAGUCGGCUUUUACUAAUAAUGGCGGUAGGCUACGUAGAAUUGAGUGUUUAGAUGACUUACGCCCUUGGUGGUUGGUGUAUUCAAAGACUCUUCUAUAGAUAGGUGUGUAUCGUGGUGAACUUGCAUCAUCUCAUGUAUAGACUUCUAUUUUUGGUUUAGAGAAUGGAACUUGCUUCCUUUAUAGUCUCUAACAUCGAUUCCUUCUCAAUACACAUAUAGUGUGAACACUGCGCCUUUCUCAUGCUACUUUCACCAGCCCCUAAGACUGCAAUUUGGCUGUCAAAGCGUAAAUUUAAUGACCUCAUAUACCAUACUAGUUUCUUUGGUCACCCUAACAUAGUAUUUCUGGUUUAGUUAAUCCACCAUAAUUGCUCCAGAUCAAAAACCCCCUUUCCCUGAUGAGGUCGAUGACUAAUUCAUUGCCCGAGUCCGAGGAACCGUGGAAAUCCUAUCUGGUGAAAGUGGAGCCCACGGUCGAACCCGGAUAAGCACUACCCGGGACAUCAGAGCUACCUUUCCACUGUUGUAGAUUACCUACGCUGCCCGGAUAAUGCUUACCCUGAUAUGUAACGGUACCGACAAACCUUGCCUCGCAUGCUUCCACUUGACAAGUACUAUUCCAAGCUGUGGGCCCGGAUACUGCUUACCCGUACGGCAUCUGCCCUAUUAGGUAGUGUGCCGCGUGUGAGGCAAGAAUGGUAGCAAGCGGUGGCUUUGUCAUGGUGUUUUUGAGUCAGGAUAUGCCGCUUAAAA